CCUUAAUCUUCCUCAGUACUCAUGCACUGAUCAUCGCACCAGACCUAUUUUGACCAAAGGCACCAUAAAAUUCGCCAGAGUAGCCUCCUUUCGUUACACUCCCCUUUCCACCCCGAUUAUCAUAUUUCCCCCCGCCUACUGGAGAGAUUUCCUUGUUGGGUUGGUUCUGGUUCAUUCCUCGUCCAUUAUAUUACCAUCAACCACACACAUCCAUUAUGGAACCAAGUACAUCCCCGAAAGACGAUAGUACAAAGACUCAAACAGCUUUGGACGACCUUAUCAAGCAAGCUGCCGCCAAAGAUGCCAUCAAGGAUUACAACGCCGCUGCAGAGCUAUAUUCUGAGGCCACAGAACUUCAAGCACAGCUCAAUGGAGAACUAGCGCUGGAAAAUGCAGAUUUACUAUUCGCCUACGGGAAAGCCCUCUAUAAUGUUGCCGUCAGCAAGAGCGAUGUGCUUGGGUCCAAGGUAGCUGGAGAAUCACAGCCGAGCAGCGCAUCUGUCGAGAGGCCAUCCGCUGCGGCAACAGCCACAACCGCAGGUAUCGUUGAGAAAGCUGUCGCCCAGGGCCCACCUGAGAAGUCCGCGGGAGCCCAGAAGUCAAAUACUGGUGAUGUCCCAGCUAAGCCAUACUUCCAAUUCACUGGUGAUGAGAACUUUGACGACUCGGAUUCGGAAGACGAGGCCGACGGUGAGGAAGCUGCGGCCGAUGACGAAGACGACUUUGCCAAUGCCUUCGAAGUUCUUGACCUGGCGCGCGUGCUAUACCACAAAAAGAUGACUACGAUAGAGGAGGGAAUUGGCAAAGGGAAAUCCGCAGAUUUACCUCCAGAUCUCAGACACGUCAAAGAACGUCUCGCGGAUACGUACGAUUUACAGGCGGAGAUCUCACUGGAGGCAGAAAGGUUUAUAGAUGCGGUGACGGACUUGAGGACGUCUCUGGAUUUAAGGCAGUCUCUGUUUCCGAUUGAAGAUCCUUCUGUUGCAGAAUGUCACUACAAGCUUUCUCUUGCCCUAGAAUUUGGCUCCGUCAAAAAUGAGAACGACAGCUCCCAAGAGGACAGUACCCUCAAAGGGCCGGUCGACGAGGAAAUGAGAGAAGAGGCCGCAGCUCAAAUGGAAAAGGCUAUUGAAAGCUGCCGUCUGAGGAUGGAUCAAGAACAGAAGAAGUUGGUCGACGAUAAUUCAUUGGAUGAGGACAAGGUGACCGCUAUGAAGAGAAGAAUAGCAAAUGUCAAAGACAUCAUAGCAGACAUGGAGCAAAGGCUCGUCGAUCUUCGACGCCCGCCAGUAUCUGCUACUGAGAAUAGCGAUGCAGAUAACACAGUGCUGAAGGGUAUUUUGGGUCAGAUUAUGGGGCAUUCUCCUUCGGAGCAAAAGGCCCAUCUCGAUGCUGUCACAAAAGAAGCAAAUGACCUUUCUGCGUUUGUCAAAAGAAAACCUGCGAGCAAGAAGCCACCCCAGAAGAGUGAGACUGUACCAAAACGAUCGGCUCCGGAAGAGGGCGCGGGAGGCGAUACAAAAAGAGCACGAGCAGGCGAUAACCUUGAAUGAACCUGGGUAUACUGAUCGCCAGAGGCAUCAACGUGUCUGGUGCUCUGUCUAUCAACCCUUUGUAGCAGCUAGAGAUCACCUGAGGAAGUGAUCUAUCAUGCUAGCAUUUGCUCAAAGGUUUAGAGCGUUGAUUAGGAUAUGAUACCCAAUGAAGCGAGGCCGCAGAAAUAACUAUACAUUAUACAGAAAUAGCCACCAAGUUAUCUGUGAA